AAGCCUAACAUCUCUAACUCGUGUCAGCGUUGACAUUUUAAUCCCUGACAUGUUUAUUGCUUAUUCCUUUGUUAUAAGUGGCCUUUAAAAAUUCUUGAGAUGAUUUGGUAAUUACUGAAAUUUCAAUUUCUAAUAGUAUUUGAAUUUUUUUGAAAAGGCACUUCAAUAACCCAAAAUCCAAACCCUCUUAAAGGCAAUCUGUCACGACGUUGAUUGGUUAUAAGAACAAAGGGAUUUCUAUUGUUUCCAGUCCUCUUUAAUUUAUCGCAUUGUAAAAAAUAUAGCGGAGCGCUGGAAUCGUGUCUAGGCUAUUGUUCCAGCUAUUGUUCUCGUUAACCAAUCCACAACGAGACAGAUUGCCUUUAACUGAACCAGCACUUCGAUCUUCUUUCACAGAAGGCAGAUAUGGCUCUAGCAGCAUUAACAAUAACUGCAAGCAGAGAGGAGGUGAUUCAUUUCAACACUCCAUACAUGGAGGUUAGCAUUGGUUUGAUAAAGAAAAAAACAAAUGUGGCCCACCUUGACUUACUACUGUUUAUGGAACCAUUCACCGGUGUAGUCUGGUUACUAACCUUGACCGCUUGCCUCUUUGUUGGACUCUUCCUCUUCUUUGUCGAUGCUUUUAGUCCGUUUGGUUGGAAACAAGUCGGGGAAAGAGCUACCGGAAGACCUGGAACAGAGUUCAACAUUUUGAACAGCAUCUGGUUUUCAAUGGCUUCCAUCUUGCUUCAAGGCCCAGAUAACACCCCAAGAUCAUUGUCGGGGAGAAUACUCGUUGGAUGCUUUUGGUUUUAUGUUCUUAUACUGACAUCAAGCUACACUGCAAAUUUGGCUGCUUUCUUCACUUCGACAAAGCAAACGGAGCAACAGGUCAACCUAGAGUCACUCUUGAAAGAAGGUGCACAGUUUACCACCAUUGAGCAUUAUGCUCUAGAGCAGUUUUUGAAAACUUCCAAUUAUAAGAUCUACAAUAGGGUGCACGAGAGAAUGACUAUCCAGAAGGCCCUUGCAAGCGGCCUCACAGAUGCGCUUAGUAAGCUUGAGAAAGAUCCUUCUAUGUACUACCUUGAGGAGAAACCUUUCAUACAGUGGACAAUCAACAAAAAACCGUGCGAUCUCAAGAUAAUUGACACCACACUACCCAAAACAUAUUUUGGUAUUCCUGUCAGAAAGGAUUCUUCAACGAAACCUGCAAUAUCACAUGCGAUUUUGAAACUUCUGGAGUCUGGUUUCCUUGCAGAAAGACGUUUCUAUUAUAUGGAUACUUUAAGUGAAUGCAAAGAAACGGACGAUCAUCAGCAUGGAAUAACUGAAGAUGGACGCAUUGAGCCUAUUCAAAUGCUGGGUGCUUACUCAUUUCUAAUUGGUGGCAUCAUAUUAGCAGUACUCAUCUUUUUUGGUGAACUUUACUGGAAGAAAAAAGUCGCAGAUCGUGCGAUGAAACUCCAAGAGCAAUUAAAACUGAGCAUCCGGAAAGCUCAAAAGAAACCGGCUAUAAACCCAAAAAUGCGAAUUUUGGUUCAAGAAUUCAUGGAAGGAAAGGGUGACAAGAGUGUGUAGUGGACGGAAUGAGAUAUUCUCGAAGCAAGGCGACCAACGGAAACGGUAUCAUUUUGAAUAACCUCUAAUUAGUAUAUUAAGAUCUCGUGAGAUGCAAUUAAUCAAUAUAUUUCCGAUUACCUGGAAUAAUUCAGUCAAGGUUUUGAUAAUUUCUUGGUGAUUUUUAGGGUUUUGAUAUCAUCAGUGGUAAAAUUAGCUUGACCACUGCUCCCUUCGCAGAUGGGAUUCUGGAAAUCUCAGCAACAUAUCGAAUAUAUACAUAUUACAUGAAAGAAUAGCAAUGUAGUUUCAGAUCAAUACAGGGGAGAAUUAUAAAACCUUUAUAACUUUACAGGUUUCGAAUCAAGUUUUUAACCCUUGCUAAAUGGAACAGGGUCACACCCCAUUUUCAACUUUACAGGUUUCGAAUAAAGUUUUUAACCCUUGCUAAAUGGAACAGGGUCACACCCCAUUUUUCUCCGGGACCGUGAGAUAAACAUUUUUGGCGCGAAAUACUAUUUGAACUCAAAUUACUCCUGUCGUUCAGUUUACGUUUGACGUCCCAUUAGAGAUUUGACCAACUCCCCCCACCCCCUCCCCUUAGAGAUGAUUUAAAAAAAUUUUCGCAAAAGAACCUGCGCUAAGAAUUUGUGCGUUCGAUCUCAGGUCCCGCCCAACACAGUCUAUCCGUUGACUGAUUUCACAGUAUUUUAUAUUAUUAUCUAAAAUUUCUACUCAGGCUUUAUAAACAGGUAUACUCAAAUUUAUAACCAUAAACUGUAAUUAAACUUGUUUUGAAAAAUUAAAUCCGCUUACCUUCAAGUAACUAGUUUAAUUGCUAGCUAACUAUAAGAUAAAAGAUAUUGUAGAUAGGUAAUGUAAAGUUGCUUUGUAUCUUAUAAUUGUGGUGCAUUACAUGGUUGUAAAGUUUUCAUAGGAUCAUGUUUCCACCGCUAUGGCCAUCCCAAGCACUUUUUUGGUAAGGGUCAUGCCGUUCUCCCAAGAAGAUAAAGUAUAUAAGAUAAUACUAAAGCUUCUGCUAGUGGCUUACUGAAGAGUUUAUUUUCUUCUUGAUUUUGGGGUCACUUUCUAUGUUUUUCGGUCUUUAUUAUUGACUGGUCAAAAACAUUGGGGUAAAAGUUCCAUUGACUAUUUAGAAAGUUUCUUAGAACAGAUAAAUGAAAUGUUCUACGCCUCUGGCUGACCCGUCUACUUUUUGAAUCGGAAGGAAGGUACGGCUUAAUGCAGGUUUUGUCUAGGGGGGAAUGGUAUAUUUUAGCACACUGAUUCCAAGCUGGAAAGAACAAUAUUUGUUUCUCUAUGCACUAAAGAGUGAGACUAAUGAGGAGAAGAGAGGAAAAUUGAACAAUAGUUUACGCUGGUAACACUAAGUAACUGGAAUAGUUGAAUGGUUAAAGCUUGGUAUGCAAAAGUAAUUUUUCAUAAUGAGCAGAUAGAUAGUCAGGGCUUCAAGCUGUUCUGGUACAACUUUGUCUCUGUAUAACAUUUCAUAGAAACCAGAAUGUUUAGAUGUUCAAUUUAAGUGGGCAUUACCUUCAGGUUUUUUCUUCCCUAAAAACAGUGGAUUAUUCAAUGGUCAUCUUCAAUUUACAGAACUUUGCGUCAAAAAGCCCCCUCACUAAACGGCACGUAUCAUCUAAGUCCAUAUACGUACGUAUAAUUUUAUGUUCAUAUAUGUACUUUAGCGUUAGUGGAAUGUCUGGAUACACCUGAGGAUUUAUGUAUCUGUAAUGACUUCCACUGUCUUUAUAGGUGCAUCAACUCCACCCUUUAUUUUCCAGACAGCAGCUAUUUGUAUAUUACCAGACGCCAAAAAAUACAAAAAGUAGGCAGUGAACCGGCCAGUAAUACCUCUUUUUAUUCGGUUUUAGCCCCCCCCCCACAUCUUUUUAGACCCCCCAUUUUUCACAACGCUCCACGGUGCCUGAUCACUUGAUAUGAUAGUCUUCUAGCGUUAACAUCGUAACUUUCCUAGUAAUGAAAAGGAUUACUGUAACAUUGCAAUUGAAAAUCUUGUCUGUACCUGCUGAUCAUAAUCACUCACAUUAAAACUUAUUAAGUAAAAAUGUAUCCUAAUGUAAAUAUCGUUAGCAUUACCAUUAAAAGGGGUUGUUAAGUAGCAUUUACUUAAUUUGAGAUUAAGCGGCUUCCGUAGAUGAAACACUUCAGAAUUUCUGAAAGUAUUAAAGAACGCUUAUUUUUAGGUGAAGUCGUUUAUUUAAAAUAAUCUUCAAAUUAAAAGUAUGUUUAAAUCUAUUUGUAUGAAUUAUUGACCCCUCAUAAAAAUCUUCAACCUUCAUAAAACCUAAAAUGUGUUGUGCAAUACUUUUGUGUACCCUUUCUCAGCCAGUAAGUUAUGUAAACCAGUAAACCUUUUGCAAGUAACCCGUUUCGCAUUACACACCGGUACGCCACUAUUGUCAUUUGCAAGCGCUUUUGCAUGUUGAUCACUUUUAACCCCGUUAUACUUCAUAUCCAUGCAAGGAUGUAGGAAACUUCAUGACGUCUUUUGCAAUGGGUCAAUUCAAAUACCGGCCGGAAAAAACCGUCACUGGGCCGGUUGCUAUGUUAUUUACUGAAAGUUCCCCCGACUCAGAGAAAGGUUCCCUAGGGCGUAUCCCCUGUCCAAGUUGCCUCCAAAUUACUAUUUGGCAAACACGUAAGCAAAUGGCUGCUCAAAGGUUCGUAUGGUGACAGGGUUCAGUUCUUGAGACAACUGCUCAAGAGGAAAGCCUUCGCUAGAGAGCCAAUGGAGUGGAGAUGCAAUAACGAUCUGAAAAUUGACUGGAAAUUCUUUUUAAAAGGAUGAAUGUCAAGGGUUUGAUUUUUCAGACUGUGUCAGAGCUUCUCUUGGAUAUCAUACUAAACUGACUUAUUUCUUAAUUCCUUAGACCUUUUUAGCUGUGGUGCGAUGGUGCUUUCUUGCCCCCUGUCCUUUUUUUUCUUCGCAAUGCUUCGUAGCAUGAAGGUACCCCACAGUGGCGGAAAUUGCGAGCAUGUGGGGGCGAGUCCCCCCAGAUUUUUGCUUAAUUGUCGGUUAAAACAUGCUUUUGACGGAAAAUGAUAUCAAUUGUCGGCUAAUUUGCUUGUUCUUUUAUGGGCUUUGC